GACAACUUUCACAACUUACGGACUGACCACUACCUAGUGACUAUACCCAGAAUGCCUCCCAAAGCCGAUAUCAACAAAAGCAGGAUGGGAGCAGAGCGAAUUUCCUAUUUCUUUGCGAAACAUUCGAAGCAAGAGUACGGACGCUCUUGUGGUACCUGUGCACGACCGUUCACAGUAUUCCGAUGGAAUCCAGGUUCUGGCAUGCGCUUCAAAACCACCGUCAUUUGUCAAACGUGUGCCAAAGUGAAGAAUGUCUGCCAGACGUGUCUUCUCGAUCUUGAAUAUGGUCUACCCACGCAAGUCCGUGAUACCGCUUUGGCUCUGGAGAAGGACGCGCCUACAAGUGAUAUAAAUCGGGAAUACUAUGCGCAGAACAUGGAGGCCAAGCUGGAAGGUGACAAGUCCGGCCUUAGCAGCGGACGAACGCAGUCUGCAGGGAAGGAAAUGAUCGGUACCACGGGCGAAAUGACCCGUAGCCCGUUAAAAUUAUGGCCACACCACGCCGAAAAUCAGGGCCUGAAGCCUCAUGAUGACGAGACUAUUGUGGCAUUCAUCAACUUUAAGGAGCGAAGUAUCGCUGAACGUGCAGUUGAGGCGUGGGCUAACGGUCUUGAGAUUGAUGGAGAACGAAUAGCGAUAAAAUGGGGCCGGAGCAAAGCGAAGCCACUUGCCCCGACCCGCA